AUGCAGAAAUCUCCCGUGGAAGAUGCAAACUUCCUCUCCAGAUUCUUCUUCUGCUGGACGUCGCCGAUUCUGCGGAAGGGAUACAGGCAGAGGUUGGAGCUGGCAGAUGUAUACAAGGUUCCCUCCUCCGAUACGGCUGAUACUCUGUCAGAGCGCGUGGAGAGAGAAUGGGACAGAGAGCUGGCGUCCUCGGGGGGCACACCCAGCCUGUUCAGAGCCCUCCGCCACUGCUUCUUCUGGCCCUUUGCGUUUUAUGGCGUCCUGCUGUACUUGGGGGAGGUCUCGAAGACCGUGCAGCCCCAGCUGCUGGGCCGGAUCAUCGCCUCCUUCGACCCCUUCCACAAGGAGGAGCGGGAGCAGGGCUACUUCCUGGCGCUGGGGCUGUGUCUGCUGUUCGUGGCCCGGUUCCUGCUCCUCCAGCCCGCCAUCUUCGGCCUGCACCACCUAGGCAUGAAGAUCCGGAUCGCCCUCUUCAGCCUCAUCUAUAAAAAGACUCUGAAACUAUCCAGCCGCGUCCUGGAUAAGAUCAGCACGGGUCAGCUGGUCAGUCUGAUGUCUGCGCAGCUCAACAAGCUCGAUGAGAGUCUGGGAGUGGCGCACUUCGUGUGGAUCACCCCGCUGCAGUGCGUUCUGUGUGUGGGGCUGAUCUGGGAGCUGAUAGAGGCGUCGGCUCUCUGUGCUCUGGCCGCCCUCACCCUGCUGGCCGUCUUCCAGGCCUGCCUGUCCCAGGGCAUGGGCCCUUACAGGGCGAAGAGGGCCAAGCUGAUAGGCCGGCGGCUGGCGCUGACGUCCGAGAUCGUGGAGAACAUCCACUCGGUAAAAGCCUACGGCUGGGAGGAGAUUAUGGAGACCAUCAUCAAAAACAUCAGGCAGGAUGAGAUGACCCUGACCCGUAAGAUCGGCUCGCUGCGGUACUUCUACAGCUCCGCCUACUUCUACUCAGCCUUCCUGGUGAUUGUGGCGGCCAUCUUGCCCUUUGCGCUGAGCAACGGCAUCGUGGUGCGGCGCAUCUUCACCACGCUGUCCUACUGCAUGGUGCUGCGCAUGACGCUCACGCGCCAGCUGCCCAACUCCAUCCAGAUGUGGUACGACACCGUGGCGCUCAUCCACAAGAUCCAGGAGUAUCUCACCAAAGAGGAGUACAAAGUGCUGGAGUACAACCUCACAACCACAGAGGUGGAGCUGAUCAAUGUGACAGCCUCCUGGGACGAGGGAAUAGGGGAGCUCUUUGAGAAAAUCAAGCAGGAGAACAAAGAGAAUGGCCACCCUAACGGAGACGCUGGCCUCUUCUUCACCAACCUGUAUGUCACACCUGUACUGAAGAACAUCAGCUUGCACCUGGAGAAGGGGAAGAUGCUGGCCGUGGCCGGCUCCAUCGGAUCCGGCAAGAGCUCUCUGCUCAUGAUGAUUCUGGGGGAGCUGGUUCCCUCGGAGGGGAAGGUCAGGCAUAGCGGCCGGAUCUCCUUCUCCCCCCAGACCUCCUGGAUCAUCCCAGGCACCAUCCGAGACAACAUCCUGUUCGGCCUGACAUAUGAUGAGUACCGCUACAGCAGCGUCAUCAAAGCCUGCCAGCUGGAGGAGGACUUCGCCUUGCUCCCCGAUAAAGACAAGACCUCCCUUGUGGAGGGGGGAAUGACCCUGAGCGGGGGACAGAGGGCACGCAUCGGCCUGGCCAGAGCAGUGUACAAAGAUGCCGACCUUUACCUGCUGGACAGUCCUUUCACCCACCUGGACAUAGUGACAGAAAAAGAAAUAUUUGAAAGGUGCUUGUGCCGGCUGAUGGCGUCUAAGACGCGGAUCGUGGUCACCAGUAAGCUGGAGCACCUGAAACGGGCCGACAGGAUCCUGCUGCUGCACAACGGCAUGUGCUAUUUCUACGGCAGCUUCGCUGAGCUGCAGGCGCAGCGGCCCGACUUCACCUCGCUGCUGCUGGGCCUGGAGGCCUACGACAACAUCAACGCCGAGCGCCGUGGCUCCGUGCUGACCGAGACCCUGCGCCGGGUCUCCGUGGACGAGACCGCCGGACACCCCCCCGAGCCCCACCGCCCCACCUACCGCCAAGCGCCCACGGCCACACCCAUCCCGGGCGACGGGCCCGACCGCAGGAAGCCCUCCGUCAUCCUCAACCCGCUGGCGGCCGUGCGGAAGUUCUCGGUGGCCCAGCACCCGGAGGAGGGCGUGGCCCGGGAGCUGUCGCCCCAGCGCAGGUUCUCGGUGGUCCCCGAGGACGACCAGGUGGAGGAGGUGCUGCCGCGGGGCAGUCUGUACCACCACGGGCUGAACCUGCAGGGCCAGCGCCGGCAGUCCGUGCUGGCCUUCAUCACCAACGCGCAGGGCCAGGGCCGCCGCAGCCAGCUGCAGUCCUCCUUCCGCCGCAAGCUGUCCAUCACGCCGCAGAGCGAGCUGGCCUCCGAGCUCGAUGUCUACGCCCGCCGCCUCUCCAACGACAGCGUCUACGACAUCACCGAGGACGUGGACGUGGAUGACAUGGAGGAAUGUUUUGCAGAUGAACGUGAAAACAUCUUCGAAACCACCUCAUGGAGCACAUACUUCCGAUACAUGUCUAUAAACAAAAACCUUGUUUACGUUCUCAUCUUCAUCGUUUUGGUGUUUGUGAUUGAGGUAGCUGGGUCUGUCAUCGGAAUAAUUUUCAUCACUGAUAAGAUCUGGACGGAGGAGAACAAGACGACGCACCCCAACGCGUCGUCCGCUGGGAGUAAUUACGCGGUGAUCGUCACGCCCACUAGCGCCUAUUACAUCAUCUACAUCUACGUGGCGACGUCGGAGAGCGUGCUGGCGCUGGGCUUCCUGCGAGGCCUGCCAUUGGUCCACACCCUGCUCACCGUCUCCAAGAAGCUGCACCAGCAGAUGCUGAGCGCCGUCCUGCGAGCGCCCAUGGCCGUGCUCAACACCAUGAAGUCAGGUCGAAUUAUGAACAGGUUCACCAAAGACAUGGCCACCAUCGAUGACAUGCUUCCUCUCAUCCUGUUUGACUUCAUACAGCUGACACUGAUAGUUUUGGGAGCCAUCUUUGUGGUGUCCAUAAUGCGACCCUACAUCUUCCUCGCGGCCAUCCCACUCUCCGUCACCUUUGUCAUCCUGCGGAAGUACUUUCUGCGUACGGGACAGCAGCUCAAACAGCUGGAGUCAGAAGCUCGCAGUCCCAUCUUCUCGCACCUCAUCAUCUCUCUGCGGGGUCUGUGGACCAUCCGAGCCUUCGGCAGGCAGGCGUACUUCGAGACACUUUUCCACAAGGCCCUCAACACGCACACGGCCAACUGGUACCUGUACCUGUCCACGCUGCGCUGGUUCCUCUUCCGCAUCGACAUCCUCUUCGUCCUCUUCUUCACUGCCACUGCCUUCAUCUCCGUGGGAACCAACCGAGAUGCACCGGGGGAGGUGGGCAUCAUCAUCACCCUGGCCAUGCUGAUCCUCGGCACCUUCCAGUGGGCCGUCAUCACCAGCAUCACCGUGGAUGGCCUGAUGCGCUCCGUGGACCGAGUCUUCAAGUUCAUCGACCUGCCGUCCGAGGAGCCGAAAAUCACGCCCCGAGGGAAGGGUGCAGACGUGGUCAUCGAGAACCCUCACGCUCAGGACGGCUGGCCGUCCCGCGGGCACAUGGAGGUCAGUGACCUCAGCGUGAGGUACACUGAGGCCGGCCGCACCAUCCUCCACAAGCUGUCCUUCACCGUCGACGGCGGGCAGAGGGUGGGCGUUUUGGGGAGGACAGGCUCGGGGAAGAGCACGCUUCUGUCCGCGCUGCUGCGACUGGCCUCCACAGACGGAGACAUCUCCAUCGACGGCGUGUCCUGGAACCGCGUGCCUCUGCAGACCUGGAGGAAGGCCUUCGGCGUGGUGCCGCAGAAGAUCUUCAUUCUUACAGGAUCUUUCCGCAUGAAUCUGGACCCCUACGGCCGACACAGCGACGAGGAGCUGUGGAGAGUCACAGAGGAGGUGGGGCUGAAGUCGGUCAUUGAGCAGUUCCCGGAUAAGCUGGACUUCCAGCUGGAGGACGGAGGCUAUGUGCUGAGCAACGGCCACAAGCAGCUGGUGUGCCUGGCCCGCUCCAUCCUCAGCAAGGCCCGUAUCCUGCUGCUGGAUGAGCCCAGUGCCUACCUGGACCCCAUAACGCUGCAGAUCCUGAGGAAGACUCUGAAGCAUUCCUUCUCCAACUGCACGGUGGUGAUGUCAGAGCACCGGGUGGAGCCGCUGCUGGAGUGCCAGUCCUUCCUGAUGAUCGAGGGGAGCUCUGUGAAGCGGUACGACUCGAUCCAGAAGCUUCUGAACGAGACGAGCGUGCUGAAGCAGGCCAUGAGUCACGCGGAGAGGCUGAAGCUGUUCCCGCUGCACCGACGCAGCUCCAGCAAACGCACGCCCCAGCCCCGCAUCGGCGCCCUGCGGGAGGAGGCCGAGGACGAGGUGCAGGACACCCGGCUCUGACCACGCCC